UUGUUUCCGGGGUCAGAGUUGAGUAAAUAUUGAUGAUGUCAUCGUCUGAAGAUGGCUGAAGGUUACCCUGUACAAAUGUCUGGUUGCAGAGAAGGCUGGUGGGGAGGCUGGCUGCAGCAGAGCUUCCAGGCCAUCAAAGAGAAGUCAUCUGAGGCCCUUGAGUUCCUGAAACGAGACCUGACAGAAUUCUCUACCGUGGUGCAACAUGACACAACCUGCUCUAUUGUUGCUACAGCCACAGCUGUUAAAAACAAACUCGCUGUGGAAGGCUCCUCAGAGACGACAGAAAAGGUGAAGAAGAGUCUUUCCAGCUUCUUAGGGUCGAUAACAGACACACUUGCGCCACCCCCUGAUAAAACCAUUGACUGUGAUGUCAUCACACUGGUGGCAACACCGGCAGGAACUACGGAGGUCUAUGACAGUUCUAAGGCGCGUCUCUACAGUCUUCAGGCUGAUCCUGCCACAUACUGUAACGAGCCCGAUGGUCCUCCAGAGCAGUUUGACAGCUGGCUGUCCACCUUCAGUUUGGACGAGAAGAAAGGCGAAAUCUCCGAACUUUUGGUCAACAGCCCUUCAAUACGAUCCCUUUACUCCAAAAUGGUUCCAGCAGCUGUAUCACAUUCAGAGUUCUGGCAGAGGUAUUUCUACAAAGUCUUCCAGCUGGACCAGGAGGAGGCCAGACGUGUGGCUCUGAAGCAGCGGGCCGAGCAGAAUGCGCACACAGAGACGCUGGGCUGGGAGGAGGAGGAGGAGGACGACUUCCUCGGUGCAAAGUCUUUGCCUCAACUCAACUUCACACCUGCGUUGGACACUAGUCCCACCCAGCUGUCCACGACCUCGGCAGCGUCCACAGGAGCUGCUCUUCUCAGCCCCGUGUUGUCUGCGAGCGAUGAGCGCGACACCGUGCUGUCGGUGAGCAGCGACAGCACCAGCCUGCCGACGCAGCUGGAAGUGCGGCCCGAGCCUGCUGCCACAGCGGUGAGCACAAAGCUGACAGACAUCAGCUUAGAAGAUACUGCAGAUAAGAAGCAGGAGGACCAGAUAUCUGGAAGGAGUGACGUCACUCCUGAGGCUCCAGAAGGAGGUGAAACUCAACUGGAGGUCACUGCAGGGUGUCUGACAGUGCAGACUUCAGUCCCUGCAACCAAACUCGAGGCCACAAAGGAGGAGGGGCCUCAAGACCUGCGAGUGUUUGAGCUCAACUCUGACAGCGGGAAGUCCACGCCCUCCAACAAUGGCAAGAAGGGGUCCAGCACCGAUGUGAGCGAGGACUGGGAGAAAGACUUUGACUUGGACAUGACAGAAGAAGAGGUUCAGCUGGCUCUCUCUAAGAUAGAAGCUUCUGGAGAGCUGGAUGAAGACUGGGAGAACUGGGACUGAGGGCCGUUCCACCGUUAGAAGCCCGUUUUCUGCAGAUGAGCCUCGCUUAACGUGUUUUAACUCUUUGUCAACGCUGUCACCACGUCAUGAUUGCCAGUAGGAUGCUAUCUACAGGUUUAGACCAUAUUGGUUUAAACCUUUAACCUUUGAGCAGAGCGACAGGAAGACCAAGGCCCUGAGACUUGGACUGCUGCGCCGGCUGUUAGCUUAGUGCUAGCGAUGUUAACAAGUCAGGUCUUGACUAGUUCUUGGAGUUUAUUAGAUACUAAACUGAAGUUGUAACCAUUCUGACCUAAAGCGACGAGUCAGAAUGUUGAAGGUUUCAACGCCGGCCAGCAGGGGGAGCUGUUUCCUUACGCCAUUCAAUGCGCCUUGUAUGUUGUAGCAUGUUUUUUUUUUUUUUUUUUUUUUUUUUUUUUUUUCUUCAGGUUGUGCCGCGACUAAAGGCUGCAGAAUCGCCAAACCGAAAUGCUGCUUUUUCCACCGUUCUGAGAGGAAAUACUUUACAUGGUUAUUAAUUUAAUUCCUGCUUUUUCUUUAUUAUGCAAGUCAACCUUCAGAAUUUGGCUUUCAUUUAAAGCACUUUGCCUUCUGGAUCCAAACCCAGCCGGCAAACAUUCUUUAGUUUUUCUCCCCUUAUAUCGGUUCUAUAUGAGCUUAUUUCAGGUGAUGUGUUGCCUUCUGUUUUAUAAUUUAUCUUGUUUAUUUGUUUGGCAGUUAAUUAAUUGUCGAUACUCUGAUGAUCUAAUGUGGGGAACCUAAUCAGGUCCGGGUGUCACAAAAGGAGCACAGUCUGGUUUAAUUUAGGAAAGUUAAAAAACAUCUGUCACAUUUUGGGCCCUGUCUUCCACACAGUGAGCCGCAGGUGUCACUGCUAGUUUCCAGCUGAUGUAGUUCAUUUUCUUGCCUCAUGCACACAUUCUGUACAUCGCAAGUGCACAAGGUCAUGUUGGUCUUAAAUUGGGGUGUGGUGAGGUGCAGUGUUGUUUUUUUUUUUUUUGUGACACAUUAGGAAGUGAUUAUGCAUAAAACCUUAACUGGAAAGCAUGACAUAAAAUAAAAGUAACACUAACGUAAAAAUUUGAAACUGCACCUUACUGCUUCACUGUGUCACCUCAGGGAGCUUUGGUACACGUGGCUCUCUCUUUGUGUACACGUCCGUCAAGAAAACUUCUCACAUCACUCCUCUUUCUACAUAGCAGUGCACCCCGGCUUUUAAAUUAGUAACAAACAACAUUCUGAGUGGUUAUGCCCCAAAACACACCCAUGAACAAUUACCACCUAAUUACCGCCUUACUGUGUGCUCUGAUUACACACCUUCAGAAUAGGGCGGUGGAGUUGAACGCGUCCCAAAUGCACUCUCGCGCUGUCUGCUUUAGACCGUGAACCAAUGAUCGUCAAGAUAGGGCCCCUGAAGUUUUCUGUUCAGCUUUGCUUGCAGUAAGUUCUGCUGAGUUUGCCAAAUGUGCUGAGGAGCAACAUGUGCGCGUCAUCUCUUAUCUAACUGAAUACAAACAAAACAUAAUAUUUAUACAAAAACUAAGGCUUUGUUUUCAUAUCUGCUUUGGAUUGCAUGUGUGUACAAAUAACAUUAUGCAAAA